ACUUCACAUCUACACAUAUAUAUUGACAGACCUAUAUUUGCUUUUUCAACCGAUAGCAUCCAAAACAUCCAGCAAAUCCAACCUGUACAACACAACAAACAAGCUAUGUUUGCACCAUACAAUAACCAUACUAUACAUGCAGCAAAGAGGCGACUAUCCUUUUGUCACAUUGCCCUCAUUCGUCCAUCCCUAGUCCCUAACGCAGUAUCAUCGUCGCAAUCCAUUAUCGUGCCAUAGAAAAUCGAUUCUAUAGAGGGGCGGAUGGCCCGAGUCCGGCGUAGGGAUAGUAGAGAUGGUGGCUUGAUUAACGUGGACAUACAUAAUCAGGUGCCAUAUCCUGCUGACAAUGAAUGAGAUGUAGUAUUAUACACCAUUACCGCCUCAUGUAAUGUUCAUAUAAUAUUCAUAUAAUAUUCAACCUCAAAAAUGCCGUCUAGGAAAGGUAAAAAGGUUUUCAUUAUUGGGCCCGGCUUCAUUGGCUGGAACGUCCUCGAUGUCCUGGUUAAGGAAAAUUAUGCUGUGACGGGAUAUGCCAGGAGACAGGAACAUGCCGACCAGUUAAAGGCCUCGGGGGCUGUUGACGUCGUGCUCGGCGGUCUACAGAAUGCGGCUCUGAUUACGAAGCAUGCUCUAGAUUCUGAUAUCAUCAUCCAGACAGCCACUUCAGACCACCUCCCAAGCGUGAAGGCCAUACUGGAUGGUGUUCAGCAACGAGCAGAUAAGGGUCAACACACCAUUUACAUACACACAUCCGGUGCGUCUUUGUUUGACGACGGUGCUGCGGGCAACUGGAAAUCUGAAAAAAUAUACCAUGACAAUAUUCUAUCUGAAAUGGAUUCCAUCUCUGAUGAUGCGCCACAUCGGCAUAUCGAUCUUGCCAUCGUCCGAGCCAAGAAGCAACUAGGCGAUAGAGCCAAGAUCGCUAUCAUAAUCGCACCCAUCAUCUAUGGCUUUAACCCGAACCAUCGGCGGCUGUCCAUCCAGAUCCCCAUACUGACCCGGUAUGCCCUCAAGCAUAAAUAUGCUGGGCACAUAGGUGCUGGUCUUUCUGUCAAAAGUGCUGUCCAUGUUCGCGACUUGGGCAGAGCUUUUGCCAUACUGCUACACUAUCUAGAGUCAACACCCGCCAAUAGUCCUGAUAUUCUCAAGAACCCAUACUACUUGUGCGAGGCAACGGGGGAUAACGAGCCUAGCUGGAAGGACAUAGCCACCCUCAUCGGGGUAGAACUGUACAAGGCUGGGCAAAUCCCGGACCCGAAGCCACGCACUAUCCCGCCUGAAAACUACGAAGACCUGUUUGGAGAACUUUCUAACCCGGCGGUUGGCCUGAACAGCCGCUGUCGCGCUGUGCGGCUACGUGAAUUGGGCUGGAAGCCGGUGGAUAAGAGUUGGAGAGAGAGCUUCGUGCAAGAUGAGUUACCAUUCAUGUUGAAGGAACAUGUGGAUCACAAAGCGUUCGGCGGUUACAGGUGGACAGUUAUGAGUUAAUGCUUGAACGACAGUGCAUGGUAGAUUCCUUAGGUACGCGAGAAUAGACCUCUACAUCGAACUCAA